UGGUAAGAAAAGGCAUGCAAUUAACAUCCAAUUGCACAAAAAUCCACAUAAGUCUAUAUGAAAAUGAAGAGCAUUGCCUAAAUGCAGCAUGCAAUGCUAGUAGCAAUGUGGUAAUAUAUGAACAUUAUAUUCACAAACUUUAUGCUUGCUCCAUGUGUAUAUGCCAAUCGAAGGACGGAUACACUGAUUGGGAUUAUAGAUGGCAAAGAGACCACGAGCAUACUGAAACAAAAGCUUACGCUUUACCACACCCUUCUACAAAGAGAUGUCGCCACUCAUACUAUAUAAAGACAUCCUCAGAAAUAAGUGUAAAACAACGAGCUAAUUGCACUCAAAGGACAUAUGUUGCUGUUGUUGAUGUAAAUGCUUGUAUAUCACGAGCAUGUGAUGAGGAAGCAGAUGUAUUUGACUACCUUAUUGACAGUAGAACAUGUAAAAUAAUUCACUGUACAUGGGAUUACGAGACUUGGGAAUAUAACUUUUACUUCUCAAGUACAUUGAAAGUAUCAGACAAAGUGGCCACAUAUACAUUGUCGUCACACAGAAGUAGUCCAAAAUCAAACAUAACAUUAAAGAACAUCACCGCAGAACCAACAAUUCAAAUGACAGAUAUGACAAAGUCAAAAGCUAGUUAAGGUGGAGGUGAAACUACCAGGGAAACAGUGCAAAUGGAUUUUAACCCAUCGCAAAUUGUUUACUUCAGAUGACUUGCUAUGAUAAU